GGUUGGAUGUAAACAUCAACAGCUGUGUGCCUGCGUGCUUGUUGUGCUGAGCUGCUAUAUAGUAGAUUUGUAAUAUAUUUCUACGUGGAUUUUAAAUUUUCUUUGACGAUGAAUAUAUUCAGAUUAAUGGAAAUUAGUGCAGCACAAGCCACCAGGUGCACUGUGGAAGCAACUGUUGCUAGUGGUCUAGAAUCAGUACCAGCAAGUGAAUUCAAGAACGCUUUUCUCGCAGAACAUUGUACUUCUCGAGGAAGAGUAUUUGCUAACGUCUUAUCGAGUCAAAUUCCAGAGGUACUUCAGAUGCGAUCGGUGGACAAUCUUUCAUUAGUUGCGGAAGUAACUAAGGACAUAACUUUCAGCACGGCUGAUAAGGAACAAGAUCUCAAGAAAUUGGAGAAGCUAGCUUAUGCAAUCCACUGGGACAAGACACUUUUGCUGUGGAAGAAAAGUACAGAUUUUCAUGGAAUUCUGUAUCCUACAAGAGACCAGUAUGUUGCUUCUUUGGCUGUAGAAAAAGAAUUAAAAAGUAAACUGAAAUCUUCACUACAAGAGAGUGUUUCUGAAAUUGAUAAUGAUCAGAAUAUGGAAAAAGAACAUGAAGUACAAGAAGAAAGUCAGUCUCUGAAUAAUAACAUUUGCAGAGAGAAGAAAGCUGCUAAUAUUUUACUAUACAAUCAGCUGGAUUCUAGAAAAUUGUCUGAGAAAGUCCUGAAGUUCAGAGUCACUUGCUACCAUACUGGCAGCCAUGCAUUUGGAUCCCAGGAGGCUGCCACUGCCUUUGGAGGGACUCUCCAGGAUAUAUUUAAUUGGGUUGUAGACUUGACAUACUAUGACCUGGAAAUUGUUCUGAACAUAAAAGAGGAUUUUGUUUACGUAACUGUUCCACUGACAAAGGAGUCUUUGCACAGAAGAAGCAUAACCUAUUUUGGACCAACAACACUUCGUUCGACAAUAUGCUAUGGCAUGUUGACAAUAGCAUCUCCAGAAGUUGGAGACAUAAUUAUUGACCCAUUAUGUGGUGGAGGCUCCAUACCAAUUGAGGGUGCACUUUCUUUUCCUGGAUCAUUGUUCCUUUCUGGAGACAUACACCCAAAAGCUAUUGAACGAACCAAAUUAAAUAUCAAUGAGUUGACAGCAAAACAUGUGUCGAACAUCGAUGUUUUCAAUUGGGAUGCUCAAAAAUUACCCUUGAAAGACUCAUGUAUAGACCUUUGUGUAACAGAUUUGCCCUUUGGAAAAAGAAUGGGAUCAAAGAAGAAUAACAGCACACUUUAUGUAAGACUGCUGUUUGAACUAUCAAGAGUCAUGAAGACAUCUGGAAGAGCUGUGUUUUUAACAUAUGACAAGGGAAAUUUUGUAAGAGCUGUGUCAACAAUACAUGGGCUUUUUAAGAUGAUAAGAAUACUGACAGUUAAUAUUGGUGGACUGGCAGCUCGUCUUUAUGUAAUUCAAAGAACAGCAAAGGAGUAUCAGCAGUCUCUGCCACUGGAAGUCAAGAAAAGGCGAAAGAAGAAAAAUAAACUGGAAAAGUGAUUUGUGCCUUAAUGUAAUGCCAAAUAAAUAUUGGGGCUCUUGA